GUGGGCCGUCACACCCCGGGACGCUCGCCGCGCACCCCCGUCCCUGAGCGCCCAGCGCCCCCGCUCGAGGAAGGCUGCGCCCGGAGCCACCAUGCCCCAGAACGUGGUCCUCCCGGGCCCUGCGCCCUGGGGCUUCAGGCUCUCGGGGGGCAUAGACUUCAAUCAGCCUUUGAUCAUCACCAGGAUCACUCCAGGAAGCAAGGCAGCAGCUGCCAACCUGUGUCCUGGGGAUGUCAUCCUGGCGAUUGAUGGUUUUGGUACAGAGUCCAUGACUCAUGCUGAUGCACAGGACAGGAUUAAAGCAGCAGCACACCAGCUGUGCCUCAAAAUUGACAGGGCAGAAACUCGCUUGUGGUCUCCCCAAAUAUCUGAAGAAGGGAAAGCUCAUCCUUUCAAAAUCAACUUAGAAUCAGAACCACAGGAAGUCAACUACUUUGAACACAAGCACAAUAUUCGGCCCAAACCUUUCAUAAUUCCGGGCCGAAGCAGUGGAUGCAGCACUCCGUCGGGUUUUGACUGUGCCAGCGGGCGUAGCACCCCUUCUUCUGUCAGUACUGUUAGUACUAUUUGCCCAGGUGACUUGAAAGUUGCUGCUAAGAUGGCCCCUAACAUUCCUUUGGAAAUGGAACUUCCUGGUGUGAAGAUUGUACAUGCUCAGUUUAAUACACCUAUGCAGUUGUACUCAGAGGACAAUAUUAUGGAAACACUUCAGGGUCAGGUUUCAACAGCUCUAGGGGACACACCCUCCUCCAUGAGUGAACCCACGGCCUCGCUGCCCCCCCAGUCCGAUGUGUACCGGAUGCUCCAUGACAAUAGGGAUGAACCGACUCAGCCUCGCCAGUCCGGCUCCUUCAGAGUGCUGCAGGAACUGGUGAAUGACGGCCCAGAUGACCGCCCUGCUGGAACUCGGAGUGUGAGGGCUCCGGUUACGAAAGUCCACGGCGGGGCCAGCAGCGCACAGAAGAUGCCACUCUGUGACAAGUGUGGAAGUGGCAUCGUGUAAGUUUCUCUUGUACCCCAGGGUCUCACUGUGAGUUGUGGUAUCUGUUCUCUAUUUCUGUUCAUUGACUUGAAACAUAAAGCCUGACAACCUUUGGCAUAUUUUGAUGAGAAUUCCCAAGAUAGAAACUCUCCUCUAUGAUGUGAGUGAGCCAUCUUGAGUUAGAAUUUCAAAUAUAAUCUCAUGAAAACAAUUGCCCUAGAAGUAUGUUAAAAAAAUCAUUUCCAAGAAUCAUAACUGCACUUCAAAAAGUCCUCUCUUUAUUAAUGCAUCGUUUUCAAAUAUUUCCUAUCUUGUAUAAUCCCUGGAAAACAAAUACCAAUGGUAUCAGGUCAUUAAUUAAAACACAUAGUUUUUAACCAGUUUCUUAAGUUGCACAAAUGUUGUAAUAGAAUUUUUAAAAAUGCAGCCAAUUUCCAUGUCAAGGAACUUUAUGCUUGAAUAGCCACAAUGACUAGUUCAAAUCUCCAAGUGAGUGGGUUGAGCGCAGCACUGUGAAGCUGUCCGCAGCCUCUGCAGCUCAGAUUCGAUUCCUGGCCGGCCAGGGAGAUUCCCACAUGGCGCGGCAGACUAAUCCUGUCUUGCCCGCUGCUCCCCUCAGCAGUGCUUUUGG